AUGGUUCAAGCCAAGAUGCUCGUUGGCGCAGCCGGCGUCGUCGGCGUCACUGCCCUGGCCGUCACGCAGAUGGGCUUCGGCGCCCAGGACCGCCAGUACAAGAAGUCGCUUCAGUACAUGCACGAUGGUCGGGAGAAGAUUGCGAUGAAGAUGAGGGAAGGCGCGAACAGUUUGCAUGGGAGGUGGCUCUGGGGAGAGAGUGACUCGGUGGGAGUAGGAAUCUGCACGGGCGUGGAAUGGGCCAAUAUGCAGCAUCGAGAUCAAUGCGAGAGCAUGUUCUAG